AUGACUGAAGAGCCCGUACCCCAACCCCUGUACGCUGCUGACGACGCUGAAGACGUCCAGGUGGGUCCCACCUUGAUCGAGAGCCUUGAAGGCAACGGCAUCUCUGCCGGGGACAUCAAAAAGUUACGCGCUGAAGGCUACAACACGGUCGAGCUGAUCGCCUACACCCCCAAAAAGCACUUGAUCACCGUCAAGGGAAUCUCCGAAGCUAAAGCAGACAAGAUCGCCGCUGAAGCCGCCAAGCUUGUGCCCUUGGGUUUCACUACUGCCUCCGAGUUCCACCUGCGGCGACUGGAGCUCAUCUGUCUUACUACUGGCUCCAAGCAGUUGGACACGUUGCUUGGCGGUGGUAUCGAGACCGGUUCCAUCACCGAGAUCUUUGGUGAGUUCAGAACCGGUAAAUCGCAGAUCUGCCACACGUUGGCGGUGACGUGCCAGCUCCCCGUCGAUAUGGGUGGCGGCGAAGGCAAGUGCUUAUACAUCGAUACUGAAGGUACCUUCCGUCCCAACCGGUUAGUGCUGAUUGCUGAACGUUACGGGCUUGACCCCAACGACUGUCUUGACAACGUGGCCUACGCCCGUGCCUACAACGCCGAACACCAGCUUAACUUGCUUAACUUGGCGGCCCAGAUGAUGGCGGAGCUGCGGUUUUCGCUUCUUGUCGUCGACUCGAUCAUGUCGCUUUACCGUACCGACUACGCUGGGCGUGGUGAGCUUUCUGCCCGGCAAAUGAGCGUCGCCAAGUACAUGCGGUACCUCCAGCGGUUAGCCGACGAGUUCGGCAUCGCCGUGGUGAUCACCAACCAGGUGGUGUCCCAAGUCGACGGGAUGAGUAACAUGUACAACCCAGACCCGAAGAAGCCCAUUGGCGGUAACAUCCUUGCCCACGCGCUGACGACGCGGUUGUCGCUCCGUAAGGGGCGGGCGGAGACGAGAAUCUGCAAGAUCUACGACUCGCCGUGCUUGCCAGAGGCCGACUGCGUGUUUGCCAUCUAUGAAGAUGGUAUUGGCGACCCCAGACAAGAAGACGAGGAGGCCUAA